UUUCUAUUUCAUUUCCCUCCUUUGUAUCACUCGAUUCCCUCCGGUGGCUUUCCUUCUCACUGUCAUCAAGUGAAAAACACUCCACGGGCUUAGAUUUGGUAGGUAUCGCUCUUCUCGCCAUCUACCUGUUACCAAAUAAACCUCUUCCUUUCUUAAUUCGCCAUUUUUGUUUUUACAUAUUUUCGUCGAUUCUUGCAUGUUGAAGGUUGCAUCUUUCUUUUCAAUAUUGAAUCUUUUUUACUAUGGGGGUAUGUGCAAGCGCGAUGAAGUGAAGUUUGUUGCUGGAAAGAUUAAAAAUUUACUGUCUUUGGUGGUCAGAGUUGCGCCAGUAAUUGAUUGCUUCCCUGAUACUCUCCUGUGUCCAAUCACAAUUUUACCAUUACAUGCAAGAUUGCUAAGAUGUAAAAGUUGGAGACAUUUGAUUGAUAAGCACUUACAAUAAGCAUUUUUGUUUGAGCAAUUACUGUUCAACUGGUUUAACAAUUACUGGAAAAGUAUAAAAUUAUUAUAAGAAAUAAAUCUGUAUCAAUUUAUGAUUAGUUAUUGGUAGACAUUGUGGUUGUCAUAUUAACUAGAUAAAUUGUCUUAGAAUUUUUUUUUCAUAACACUUGACUGAUUAGUCUGUUUGAACUUUGAAGGACAUCAAAAUCUUGGAGGUAGUUGGAACUGGUGCGUGAAAUAGCUUGCAGGAUUUGGAGGACUUCCGACUAACCAUAGGAUAAAUCUCAGGUACACAGGUUUACAAAGGUUAUGAAAUAGAGAUCCAAGUAAUCAGGUUUAUAGUUUAGAUGCUAAAUAUAUGUGAUGGUAUAAAGAAAAUAAGAUAGGAAAAGACUGCCGCUUCUUAUCUGAAUUAAAGUAUAUAUUGUGCUUUUAAUUGAAAAGGGUGUCUUUAGGGUCAAUGAUGCAUCUAGCUACCUAGGUAAAAGCUCAGUUUUUGUUGACUUAUUUAUCUAAAUAAUGACAUGCUCUUAUACUCGCAGUACAUUGUUUUAUAGGUAAAUUUUUACUGGCCUUAUAAAAAGAUGUAAGUUCUUUGCAAUCUCAUGGAUUACCUUACCUUCCUAUAUAUUUCUUAUCAGCCAGUUUGAAGGACCAUCAUUAACACACUCAGUUAUUGUAAUGUAUGAUGACAAUUACAAUAUAUUUUUCUGAAUCUGUUAGUAUGAGCUCAAUUUUCUCGCACGAUUAUCAUUUCAUACUAAAACUUAAUGCAAAAUAAGCUUUAAACCAGAAAACUUGCAUGAAACCUAGAUGGCAGCAUUUAACAAAUCUGUGACAGCAAUGAAUUUCUACAUAAUGUGAUAGAUAUGGUAUUGUGUACAAAAGGAGGGCCAAACAAACAGUUGAAACAGUUAGAAACAGUUAGGAAUGUAAACUGUAACAGACCUAUAUAAGUCUGUUAAAGGUCUAGGUGUUUUUCUUGUUAAGUCUGUUUUUCGGUUACGGAAGCGUGGGAAGGGCUGAGAGAGGGUCUCUCAGAGUUUGGUGCAAAGUGUGUGUAAGAAUCAAGUUCUUGGGAUUUUCUCCCUGUUACUGCAGUGGGAGAUAUACCCAUAUUCAAUAAAGCAGGCUGUUAGCUAAGUCCAGCAAUUAUCAAUCCUAUCAAUUGGUAUCUAGAGCUGGGAUCUUGGCACUGUGGUCACAGCGUCACCUGGGUAUGGUGAAUACAAGAAUGGAGGCAAGAUUGGAUGGAUUGGAAAAGUUGCUCCAAGAAAUGGCGCAAGAUCGUGAUAAAACUGAUAAUGAGAAUCAUGAUCGCUUUCAACGCAUUGAAGACUUGCUGCGAGGGGUUUCAGGGCUGGUGGAGAAGAUAUCUUUGGGAGAGCCAACAGGGCAGUCGUCCUCAACAGGACAUUUUCGUCCUCAUGAUCGUCAGAAGGAGGAAACAGAUAUGGGAUUGUGUCCGUCGCGUUGGAGGAAACUGGAUAUUCCAGUUUUUGUGGGGGAGGAGGCCUAUGGCUGGACAAAUCGUUUAGAACGAUAUUUUCGAUUGAAGGCUGUGUCGGAGGAGGAAAAAAUGCAGGCGGUAAUGGUAGCGUUGGAAGGGAAAGCUCUCAAUUGGUUUCAGUGGUGGGAAACCUGUCAUCAGACCCCUUCUUGGGAAGAGUUUAAAGUAGCAGUGGUUAGAAGGUUCCAACCAACUAUGUUACGGAACCCUUUUGAAAUCUUGAUAGGCUUAAGUCAGAAUGGAACGGUUGAUGAGUAUAUUGAGCAGUUUGAGAUGUAUGCAGGAUUCUUGAAGGGAAUUGAGCAAGAAUACUUGGUGGGGAUCUUCUUGAAUGGUCUGAAAGAUGACAUUAAGGCAGAAGUCAAAUUGUAUGACCCUGCUACGCUGGCAGAUUUAAUGCUUAAAGCCCAAAUGGUGGAGGAGAAGAUUCGCGUGCAUUCGAAGGCAGGUUAUUCAUCUCUGAAUAGGUCUACCACUACCUCCAAACCUUAUACAGUGACAAGAAGUUUUUCCAGGGAGCCAACAGCCUCAGGAAGUUCUGUCAAUUUCAAUGACGAAAAAGGGAAAUCGGGGGAGACCACUAGUAUUGCCAGCAACACAUCAGGAGGGCAACGUCUUAGAGGAGCACCCUUUAGGAAAUUGUCUGAGGCUGAGUUACAAGACAAGAUCAAGAGAGGCCUUUGUUUUCGGUGUGAUGAGAAGUAUGGCCCUAACCACAUUUGCAAAAACAAACAACUCCACAUGUUGUUGUUAACAGAGGAAGAAAUGACGGGAUUAGAGGGUGUUCAAGACAAACCUGAGGUCAAUGAUGAAAUGGGGACUGCAAAGGGGCAAGUUUUGCAACUCUCCUUGUGCACCAUGGCUGGGAUCACUACAAAGAAGUCCUGGAAGUUAUGGGGUAGUAUUGGAUCUGAACGAGUAGUGGUGUUGCUGGAUUGUGGUGCAUCCCACAACUUUAUUUCCUCCAACCUUAUUUCUAGAUGUGGGCUGCAACAGGAAGACACACCUCCAUUCGUGGUGGAAGUUGGUGAUGGCCACAAGGUACGGUGCCAAGGUAAAUGCCAAGGAUUUUUAUUGGAUUUACAGGGAUUCCAGGUUCAACAACAAUUUUUCGUCUUUGAUUUGAGUGGGGCAGACAUUGUGUUGGGGCUGGAAUGGCUGGCUAGCCUUGGGGAGGUCAAGGCAGAUUUUGGUCAGUUAAAGUUAACCAUCAGGAAGGGUGAUACAGAGAGGCUUAUCACAGGAGAUCCAACCUUAUCAAAAUCGCAGUCUUCCUUGAAAACUCUGCUGCACGAAUGGCGAAACGAAGGAUCAUGUUUUCUGCUGAAAUGGGGAGAAGAAAAGGAGGGCAACCACACUCUAGAUAUCCCUGCUACAUUGCUUCCAAUUUUAGAGCUCCACGAGACAGUUUUUCAAGAGCCCAUAGGCUUACCCCCUAGCCGCAAUCAUGAUCAUGCUAUUCACCUCCAGCAGGGAGCUACAAUCCCUAACCUCAGACCCUACAAAUACUCCCAUCAGCAGAAAAAUGAAAUUGAGACCUUGUCCGUAUUCAAGCCCCAUAAUUUUGGUUCGAAAGAAGGAUGGGGGUGGCGAUUUUGUGUCGACUAUCGGCCUUUAAACAAAAUUACCAUCCCUAAUAAAUUCCCAAUCCCUGUAAUUGAGGAAUUAUUGGAUGAAUUGGCUGGGGCUGUGCUCUUUUCGAAAUUAGAUUUGAAAUCCGGGUAUCACCAAAUUUUGAUUAGGAAAUGUGAUGUUGAGAAGACUGCCUUCCGCACUCAUGAAGGCCAUUACGAAUUCCUAGUCAUGCCCUUUGGGUUGACUAAUGCACCAGCUACAUUCCAAUCCCUAAUGAAUGACAUUCUCAAGCCCUAUCUACGGAAAUCAGUGCUGGUUUUCUUCGAUGAUAUUUUGGUUUACAGCCCCACCUUAGAGCAGCAUGCAACUCAUUUGACAGAAGUUUUGCAGGUACUGCAACGUCAUCAGUUGCGAUUGAAUAAGAAAAAAUGCAGUUUUGGGCAAGCUAGUUUGGAAUAUUUGGGCCAUAUUAUUUCUAGUAAAGGGGUAGCAGCAGAUCCUCAAAAGGUUGAGGCUAUGCAAACGUGGCAUGUCCCUAAGAAUCCUACGUCUUUGAGGGGAUUCUUGGGUCUCACAGGGUACUAUCGGCGUUUUGUGCAAGGAUAUGGGAGCAUUGCUAAACCUCUAACCAAAUUAUUAACCAAGGAAGGGUUUCUUUGGACAGCAGAAGCUCAACAAGCUUUUGAGACGCUAAAACAGGCUGUUACUCAGCUGCCUAUCUUAACAGUUCCAAAUUUUUCCAAGCCUUUUACUGUUGAAACAGACGCCUCUAGUAAAGGCUUGGGCGCUGUCUUGUCGCAGGAGGGAAAACCCCUGGCCUUUUGGAGCCAAGCUUUGUCUGAAAGAAGCCAGAACAAAUCUGUCUAUGAAAGGGAACUAAUGGCGGUGGUUCAAGCCAUAAAUAAAUGGAAGCAUUAUUUGAUGGGAAGUCACUUCAUAGUAGUUACAGAUCAAAAAAGCUUGCGAUUUCUCAAUGACCAGCGGCUAUUAACGGAGGAACAGUUCAAAUGGGCCUCGAAAUUAAUUGGGUUUGAUUUCGAAAUCACUUACAGACCAGGAAAGGAAAAUACAGUGGCGGAUGCGUUAUCAAGAAAGGGGCAUUUCCUCGCUUUAUCCAGCUUUCAUAUUGAUGAGUGGGAAGCCUGGGAAAAGGAAGUUCAUCAAGAUUCUAAACUUACCUCCUUAAUCCAGGAUCUUAUGGUAAAUUCGAAGGCUCACCCUGGAUAUGAAUGGACGAAAAACAGAUUGUUUUAUCAAGGGAAAUUGGUGUUACCAAAGCUUUAUUCCCGCAUCCCUCUUAUUAUUAAGGAUCUGCAUGAAUCCCCGUUUGGUGGCCAUAGCGGCUAUUUCAGAACAUUGAAAAGGAUAGCAGGUGUGGUAUAUUGGGAUGGUAUGCGGAAGGAUAUCAAAAACUUUGUCAUGCAGUGUGAGAUCUGUCAACGUAAUAAAGCAGAAACCUUGGCUCCUGCAGGGUUACUCCAACCUCUACCUAUUCCCACGCUUGUGUGGUCGGACAUCUCAAUGGACUUCAUAGGAGGGUUACCUAAGGCACAAGGGAAAGAUACCAUUUUCGUGGUGGUGGAUAGAUUGACCAAAUAUGCACAUUUUUUCCCCCUUUCUCAUCCUUACACAGCAGCAGAGGUGGCUCACGUAUUUCUUAAAGAAGUGGUCAAGCUUCAUGGGUUUCCUUCCACCAUUGUAUCUGAUCGCGAUCAACUUUUUUUAAGCAACUUUUGGCGUGAAUUGUUUCGACAGGCAGGGACAAAGCUGAAGUUUAGUACCGCCUACCACCCACAAACGGACGGCCAGACCGAGGUAGUGAACCGUUGCUUGGAAACGUACCUUCGUUGCAUGACGGGGACGCAACCUAAACAAUGGCCCAAGUGGCUGCCUUGGGCAGAAUUUUGGUUCAACACCAAUUACAAUGCUUCCUCACGAAUGACUCCUUUUAAAGCUCUCUACGGACGUGACCCUCCCCUACUUCUAAAAGGGACUACAAUUCCUUCUAAAGUUGCUAGUGUGAAUCAGCUACAACAGGAACGAGAUGAUAUGCUUCAGGAACUCAAAGCGAACCUCUGUAAAGCCCAGGAUCAGAAUCGGGUUCAGGCCAAUAAACAUCGUAGAAUGGUGGAAUAUCAGGUGCUUACUCGUGUUGGUCAGGUCGCUUACCAGCUGGACUUACCUCCCCAUAGCAGAAUACAUCCCGUAUUCCAUGUCUCGUUGUUGAAGAAAGCUGUUACACCACCUGCAGUGCCUCAAUCCUUGCCUCCAGUUUUGGCUGACGACUAUGUGUUGGAAGUUGGUCCUGAGCACUUGUUGGACGUUAGGCGUACACCCCAAGUAGAUCUCGAAGUCUUAAUUCAGUGGAAGGAUCUUCCACCCUCAGACAACAGUUGGGAAUUAGCUGAGUGCAUUUCUAGGGAGUUCCCCGACUUUCACCUUGAGGACAAGGUGAAACUCCAUGGAGGGGGUAAUGAUAGAUAUGGUAUUGUGUACAAAAGGAGGGCCAAACAAACAGUUGAAACAAAAUGCAGAUGCACAUGCAGAGCUGAAAAUCAAGUCCCAGUGGAGAAAUGGAAAGGAGAAUUGAAUGCUGCUCCAGAAUUAUGCAACGUGAAUUCAAACCAGUAUAGCAUGAAACCUAAGUGGCAGAAUGGGUCAAUGGAUACAAUGGCAGACGAUGGUGUGCAGAACCCGGAUCCUCCACAUGCAGACGAUGGUGUGCAGAACCCGGAUCCUCCACAUGCAGACGAUGGUGUGCAGAACCCGGAUCCUCCACAUGCAGACGAUGGUGUGCAGAACCCGGAUCCUCCACAUGCAGACCAUGGUGUGCAGAACCCGCAUCCUCCACAUGCAGACCAUGGUGUGCAGAACCCGCAUCCUCCACCUCCAGAGGAUGAAUUCCCUGAUUUAGGACAAACACUAGAUGAGACUUAUCGGGUUUUAUUAUACAUGGUGGUGAAUUUAACCACCACGAAAAAAUCUUAUAUUAGGGAUAUCAUCUCAUGCCACUACUCGUUAGAAGAGUGUGAGACAUUCUCUGCUACCUUGAGAGCACAACAUCCUACCCCCUUGACGGCAGUGCAGAUUAGAUGUUUCUUUCUGCAAAUAUCAGACUUAUUUAAAGAUUAUUGCCGCACUCUCAAGUGCGGUGUCUCUGGACUUAUCACAGACUUGGAUGAGGGAACGUUCGACGUGAUUGAUCCAGACAACCCUCUGCAUAGGGUUACAUUUUCUACCCUUGUACGUAAGUACAAGGGAGUACGCGAUCAUUUCAAGGCCCUACGCACCCUUUUUCCACACAUAUGGCGUCGGUAUAAAAAACCCCCACCUCGUCGCGAUCAGAUCAUGCGGCGACGGAACAGGAGGCUAGGACCGGGAGAGACGCCGGGAGAGACAGAGACACCUAGAGAGACAUGA